GGUGACCACUUUGGUUUUAUGUGCAUCACAUUAAAGUCUUCAUCUUUCUAUCAAAAAGAGACCACCCAAAAUCACCCAUCACUCUUCUCUUGCUCAAUCUGCAAUGGAGAAAUCUGGGUACGGCCGUGAUGGAGUUUUCAGGUCACUCAGACCCCCUCUGGUACUACCCAGAGACCCAAAUUUCACCAUGGUCUCUUUCCUCUUCAACAACUCUUCUUCUUAUCCAAACAAACCUGCCCUCAUUGAUGCCGAGUCCUCUGAAACAUUGUCCUUCUCCCAGCUCAAGUCCAUGGUCAUCAAGGUUGCUCAUGGCUUAGUCCAUCUGGGUGUUAAGAAAAACGACGUGGUUCUGAUUUUCGCACCUAAUUCAAUCCAGUUUCCUGUUUGUUUCCUUGGGAUCAUUGCAAUUGGCGCCAUUGCAACUACCUCUAAUCCUCUCUACACUGUUUCAGAGCUUUCCAAGCAAGUCAAGGAUUCCAAUCCGAAACUGGUAAUAACUGUGCCUGAGUUGUGGGAAAAGGUGAAGGGUUUGAAUCUUCCAGCAGUGAUUUUAGGACCAGAGGGUUCAUGUUCUCAAAUUGAAUCCACCUCAAAAAUGGUGGGUUUUCAUGAUUUGGUUAAGUUAUGUGGGACUGUCUCGGAUUUCCCUAGUGUAAAUGUUAAGCAGACUGAUACUGCUGUGCUGUUGUACUCUUCUGGUACCACAGGUCUCAGCAAAGGUGUGGUUCUGACUCAUAGGAACUUCAUUGCUUCGUCUGUGAUGGUUACACAUGAUCAAGAACUGACAGGAGAGAUGCACCGUGUGUUUCUUUGUGUGUUGCCAAUUUUCCAUGUGUUUGGAUUGGCCAUCAUUACUUACGCACAGCUGCGAAAGGGAAAUGCUGUGGUUUCGAUGUCCAGGUUCAAUUUGGAGAAGAUUUUGAUGACUGUUGAGAAGUAUAAGGUCACACAUUUGUGGGUUGUGCCUCCUAUUAUACUUGCUCUGUCAAAGGACAGUGUGGUUAAGAAGUACAACCUUUCGUCUUUGAAGCAAAUUGGGUCUGGUGCAGCUCCUUUGGGGAAGGAGUUGAUGGAGGAGUGCGCAAAAGUUUUUCCUCAAGGUCUGGUUGUUCAGGGUUAUGGUAUGACAGAAACUUGCGGAAUUGUUUCAGUUGAGAAUACACUAGUAGGACCUCGACAUAGUGGUUCAGCUGGCACUCUUGUUUCCGGAGUUGAAUGUCAGAUAGUCAGUGUAGACACACUCAAACCUCUCCCUCCAAAGCAACUGGGAGAGAUAUGGGUUAGGGGGCCUAAUAUGAUGAUAGGUUACUUUAACAACCCACAAGCCACCCAGCAAACUAUAGAUAAAAAUGGUUGGGUACAUACAGGAGAUCUUGGAUACUUUGAUGAAAGUGGCCAACUUUUUGUGGUUGACCGAAUUAAAGAACUCAUCAAGUAUAAAGGUUAUCAGGUAGCACCAGCUGAACUUGAAGGCCUGCUAGUUUCUCACCCUGAAAUAUUAGACGCUGUUGUCAUCCCAUUUCCUGAUGCUGAAGCUGGUGAGGUCCCUGUUGCAUAUGUUGUACGCUCACCAAACACUUCACUGACCGAAGAAGAUAUCAAGAGUUUUAUAGCGAGUCAGGUUGCAUCUUUCAAAAGACUGCGACGAGUGACGUUCAUAAACACUGUCCCUAAGUCAGCAUCAGGGAAAAUCCUCAGAAGAGAGCUCAUCGAGAAAGUACGGUCCAAAAUAUAAGUACACCUUCCUCAUUCUCAUGUUUAUUAAUUGGAUGGAGACUCAGUCCACAGAGCACCCACAAUAUCAAACAUAGUGCAAUUGCAUUAGAGUUGCAGAUUGUUCACAUACUCAUUAGGGAAGAAGCUCAGAAUGUAGCUCAUAUGUCUAGGAUGGUAUUGAUUGUUUGGGGUCCAACGGAAACAUGGCACAUGCUGCUCCAAAUGACUGUAUCUAAGUGCAAAUCCAUGCUCCCAGACAUAUUGUACUCUAAUCUUGCAGUCUUUGUUCCACCGUCAACUUGUUAUCAUCUAUGAUUUCCUUCAUCAAACCAGACAUAUGUUAGUUAUGUGGAGGGAAGUAGAAUAAUAGAUAGUAAAAUUCAUAGACACAGUUGCCUAUUUCCCAGAUUAUUCGUACAAGUUAUGUAAUUUUCAUCUCUUCCCUUCUCAAGUUGUCACCAAUCUUUACC